UCCCACUUGGUUAUGAACUCAGCAUUAUACCCGCCACGCAUACUUGUGGCCACUUCAUAGGGAAGAGCUAUGGAGACAUGACCCGUUUUUCCAUAAAAUAACACCGGGACAGGCAGACAGACACAUCUUUUCAAAAUGAAAAAGCAUCGGAUGCACAUGUUGGACCAUCCGUGAUUUUUUUUUAGAUGCUUCGGUGUACUGUUAAAACGGUGCAAGCCUACAAUAUGUACUGGGAUGGAUGAGGAAGAGCAGAACCGCUAUGUGGCCCAGCUGAAGGAGGAGUUUGACAGCUGUGACACCACAGGCACUGGUUACCUGGACAAGGAAGAGUUGUCAUCCCUUUGCCACAAGCUGUCCCUGGAUGCUCACCUUCCCGUACUGUUGGACACCUUGCUAGGACCACACCACUAUGCUCGGGUGAAUUUUGAGGAGUUCAAAGAAGGCUUUGUAGCUGUGUUAUCACGCUCUCUGGACUUCAGCACCUCAGAAGAGGAGAGCAGCUACCUGGAGCCAGUUGUUCCUGAGGAGGUGAAGCCCAAGUUUGUGAAGGGAACCAAGCGCUACGGCCGGCGGUCUCAUCCUGACAGGCCCGACUCUGAGCUCCCAGCUGAAUUGGAGGACUCUCCUCCUUUCAGGACAGAGCAGAAGGAGCUCUCUCCCGCUGGCGUGAGGAGGGCCAAACUCCGACGCUCCACUUCUCUGGAGAGUGUGGAGAGUCUCAAGUCAGAUGAGGAAACCGGAAGCCAAAAGGACACCAUCCAUCAAACCUUUGAGGCACAAGGGCAGCAGAAGCGAUGGAAACGGGACAGUUCGGGGAGCCCGCUCCAAUCCCCUGGGCCAAGGCCCGAGGUGUCAGACAGCCAGAUGAGGGCAGUAUGGGAGGAACUUGGAGUAGGAGGAGGAGGCUUUCUGAACAGACAGGAACUGUCCCUGGUCUGUGACCACCUUGGCCUGCAGGACCUGAAUUCAGAGGAGUUGGACGCCCUCUUCAGGAAGUUGGACACUGACCUGGAUGGGAGGGUCAGCCUCAGGAAGUUCCAGAAGGGUCUUUUCAGAGAAAAGGGUGUCCCAGUUCCCACGUCCUCCACCCCCAUACGCCACAACCCCCACCGCUCACUCCAGCAGGCCUUUGAGGAGCGGAUAGUGCGCUCCACCUCUCCCUCUCUCCUGUCUGCCACCGUGGGCCAGAGGCUGCUGACCAGGCUGGACGAUGGGUCGGGCUGCACCAGUCCAGAGAGGGUCAUAACCCUCUGGAACGAGGAGGGCAUCAAGAACAGCAGGGACAUUCUACAGACUCUGGACUUCCCCCUGGAGGAGCGAGUCAGUCUGGCGGAGCUCACCCUGGCCCUGGACAAUGAGCUGCUGGUCAGCGGCAACGGCAUCCACCAGGCCGCUCUCAUCUCUUACAAGAACGAGAUCCAGUUCCUCCAGGUCCUAGCAGACCAGGCAUGUCAGGAAAGGGACAAGGUCAAGGCCGACCUGGAGUGGGCCGACAAGAGAAACCUCCAGCUGGUCAGAGAGGUGGAUGACAGGCACACCACUAUUGAGUCACUGAAUGAAACCAAAAUCAAGGGUCUGGAGCAGGAGUUCCGGGAUAGGCUAGCGGCCCUGCGCAGUGAAUCGGAGCAGGAGAGCGAGGUCUUGCUGCAGCAGGUGGAGCGUGAGCGGGCCAAGCUCAAAGAGGAAGUGGAGGUCCUACAUGCACAGGAUGCCAGUCUGCAGGAGGAAAUCUGUAAUGCCACCCAGGAGAACCGCUGUUUGGAGGAGGAGGGCAGUGUUCUGAAGGGGAAGCUGUCAGAGGCAGAGAACACCAUCUCCAAGCUGCAGAGAGACCUGGACCAGCUCUUACUAGACAAGUUUGGGAGCCUGGAUCCGAACAAUACAGGACUGCUGAACCAGGAGGAGCGCUUCUCUGAGAUCAUCAAGGAGUAUGAGCUGCAGUGCCGGGAGCUGCGGGACCGGAAUGACGAGUUGAACUCUGAGGUGGAGAUGUUAAAGAGUCAGGGGAUGGGGAGGCGACCCAGACGGGCAAGAGACACGUCCACACACGCGUGGUCCAGCCGACGAUCACUGACCACUGAGUCUGACUCUGAUGACCCUGAGAUGAAAAUAGGUGAAUCUCCCAUGGCUAGCAAAAAGCUACAAGUGGCCAAUAAGAAUGGCCUGGGUUGUCUGGAGAGUCUGCCAGGUCCGGUUGUGAGCAUUGAGACAGAGAUGGCCAUGGAACAGUUUAAGGAGAGGCACAGCCAGGAGGUGCAGGACCUGAAGAUUGAGUUAGAGACCAAGGUGAACUUCUACGAGCGCAGCCUGGAGCUGAUGCGACGGAACAUGGAGGUGGAGAGGAAGGACAUCUCUUCGGGCUUCAAGGUGGAGAUCAGUGAGCUGGAGGAGCAGAAGGCCCAGGCUGAGGAGCAGGUUAAGAGGCUAAGGGAGGCAGUGGAGAAGCUGCAGGCCGAGUUACAGAGCAGCUCCAGGAGCCUGAGAGGGCCAGGCUGGGGUGCAGACCAGGAGAGAAGGGCCCAGCGCGAACAGGCUGAGCUAGAGCAGAACUAUGCCCGGGAGAUCAGUAACCUGGUCCAGAGACUGACCUCUGAGAAAGACCAGCUAGAGGCUGAGCUGAAGCUCAAGAUGGACCAAGAUUUGCUGAUCGUAAGGGAAGAGGCAGAGCAGCAGGUGUCUCAGAUGAAGACUCAGCAAGGCGAGGCCCAGCGCAGCUUCAUGCACCAGCUACGCUGUGAGCGCCUGCGGCUGGAACUGGAGCAGGAGAGGCACAGGGAGAGACUCCACAGUACAGAGAGGGCGGUUGAGGAGCAGGCCAGGAUCUGCAGCCGGUCCGCUGUGGAGAGGAAGAGGCUGGAGGAAGGGCACCAGGAGGAAGUCCGGCAGCUGAAAGAGCACAUAGCCAGUCUGCAGGAGCAGGCAGAUCUGACCUCCGAUAGGGAGAAGUCACUUAUACAGCACUGUCAGUUAGAGGUGAAACUAGAGCACUAUCAAACACAGUGCAGUCAGUUAGAGUCUGAACUGGAAGAGACUUGCGAUCGGUGCAGUCAUCUAGAGGCCAAACUGGAAGUGGUUUGUGCCCACCUGGAGGAACGCACUGCGUGUCUGGAGUCUGAGGCUUUGACCGAGCGUCUGACCUCUGAACAGCAUGAUGUAGAGGAGGAACUGGGGUUGGUGAGGGAUAGAGAGCGAGAGAUCCUUAGUGAGGUGGCUCAGCUAAGAGAGGAGCUGCAUAGUCUACGGUCUGAAUACAUGACACUUCUUCAGGACAAGGAAAUGAUGGCGGAGAACUGUAGCAGUUUGUCCAGCGCCUUUGUACAACAGCAAGCUCAGCUGAGGGCCAAAGAGGAAGACACGGAUACCCUGAGGGGGGAGUUGGAGAGGGCACGGGAGGCUCUGAGAAAUGAAGUUGAACGAUGCUCAAGGCAGACUGCUGAGCUGGACUCCCAGAAGACGGACAGAGCGAAGCUGAUGGAGGAGCUGAGAAAACACAGAACAACUGUUGACUGUCUACAGUCAGAUCUUGACUGUGUCACUGAGGAGUUAAACCAGCGGAAGAGGGCAGAGAAGAGUCUACAGGAAGCCUUGCGGCUGGAACAAUCCCAGGUCAUGGAGCUCCAAUCCACCCUGGACCUGGAGAGGGAAGAGACGGGCUCUCUGAGCCAGGAGAACACCCACUACAUCCGCCUGGCAGACCAACUCUCCAACCAGAUCGUAGAAAUGGAAACGGAAUCAUCCAAACUCCGAGACCACAUCCACCAGCUAAAAGCCCAACUGGGCGAAAUGUCCAACCUGGUUUCUGAUCUCAGGACCCAGCUAGAGGCCAAAUCCACAGAGGUAGACCACCUUGAAUCAGAUAUAAAGCAGACUACAGGUCUGGUAGAGAUGGCGGAAGCCCUGUCCAAUAAGCACUAUAGGGAAGAGGAGCUGCUGGAGACCAAGGAGAGAGAGCUGUGCUCCCUCAGAGGAAAGGUUGGCAGCAGCACCACCGUCCAGCUGCAGCAGGCCCUGCUGUCCUCUCAGGCAGAGGUCCACAGGUUGGAGGAGGCCUUUGAGUGGGAGAAGGGCAGGAUGAAGGAGCAGCUGGUGGAGAUGGAGAAUCUGGUCAUGGCUCUGGAGAUGGUGAUGGACCCUACCAGUCCACACAGUUCUCAGUUAGAUGAGGUCAACUGUGAGAACAGUGCUCUGAAGGACAGACUGGCCAUGUUACAGCAGGAUGUCCAGAGAAUGGAGGAAGAGAUCAUCAAGAAGAAAAAGAAACUGGACGAAGUGGAGCAGGAACAUGAGAAGAACAGGGAGAAGCAGGAGAGACUUCACAAAGAGAACGCCAAGUACCAGGAAGAGGUGCUGGACCUGAGAGCCCGCAACCUGCAGCUGAGUGGCGAGAACGCUGAGCUUAGCUCCCGUCUCCGUGCCGACCAGGGGGCGGUCCAGAUGCUGACAGAGAGACUGGCGCAGGUGUCCCGGGAGCAGGAGGAGGGGGUGGCCACAGCCAGGCAGCUCCAGGAGACCUCCACCCAGCAGGAGAGGGAGAGACUCCACCUGGAGAAAGAACUCCACACCGUCAAGGAAAAGCUCCAGUGUUUGUCAGAGGUGGAAUCCUCACUGACCAGCCUGACACUGAAGCACCAAUGGCUGGAGCAGGAUAAGGAGAGGCUGCUGAGGGAGGUGGAGGAGAGGACCCAGAAGGUUGAGAAGCUCCAAGAGUCUCUUCUCUCUGUGGGCUCCCAGAUGGAGCUGCUUCGCUCCCAGCUCCAGGCAGUGGAUCAGGAGAAGACUGGCCAGACCCAGGAAGUAGCCAACCAGCAGAGGAUGAUACAGGAUGCCCAGGACAAGGUAAAGGAGCUGGAGGCCAGCAUGGGCAGGCUAAGCAGGGAGAAGGAGCAGCUGCGUCUGGCCCAGAAACAACAUGAGGACAACACUAUGGCCCUACAAAAGGAGUGCCAGAGCCUGCGCCUCCAAAACCAGGAGCUGCUCCACAGGCUGCAGGGCCAGGAUGUGGAGGUACAGAGGCUGACCGAGGAGUGCCUGACUCUAAAGAACAAACAGACACAGCUGGAUACUGCCAGGGCAGAGGCACAGGAUCAGGCACUGAUGGUGGACACAGCCUUGACACUGGCCCAGGCCCAGCAUGUCCGGGAGCUGCAGCAGUUGAGGGAGCAGGCAGGACUGGAGUCCAGGGAGCAGCUGGCACACUUUCAAGCCCAGCUGGCAGAUGAGAAGUGCAGGGGGCAGAAGCUGCAGCAGACCCUCCGCACACAGGCCCAGCAAGCCAGCACCCAGAUAGGCCUGCAGCAGGAGCAAUAUGAGAAGGUGAUAGGGAACAUGCAGGAGAGGAUGGAGGGGGUGGAGACCAAGCUGAGGAGUGUGCGCAAGAUGCUGCAGGAGAAGGUCAACCAGCUGAAGGAGCAGCUGGCGAAGAAUGCCAAGUCGGACAUCAUGCUGAAGGACCUGUAUGUGGAGAACUCCCAGCUGAUGAAGGCACUGCAGGUCACUGAGCAGCGACAGAAGAGUGCUGAGAAAAAUAACUUUGUCUUAGAGGAGAAGAUUACAGCCCUCAACAAGCUCCUUCGUAAGAUCGCCCCUGCCUCCCUCUCUGCGUAGCAGUUCCCAGCUACUCAGAACAACGCUACUCUCCAAAAGACAUUGACAACUGUGAAAGACCUCUUAAGUUUCCUUCCCUUAACCUUAGUAUUGGAUGACCAUCCCAAUGAAACAUUGAUGCUUAAUGUGGCAGGUGGUCCACAAUGAUUCUGUAAGAUCCAUAACAAAAUGACUGUGUAACAACUCCCUCUUGGGAUGGUGGGUUUGAUUGCACACAAUUAGCACAAGUUAUUUGGGUAAGUGGAACAGCACAAGUCUUAAGUGUUUUCAGCCACCAGGGUAUUAUGCAUAUAUAUUUUUGAGGUUAACGCAAGACUCGUUUUUUGUGAAGGUCAAUCAAAGUUCACAUGAAGUAUUUUAUUCUGUCUCUGCAGAGGCAGGCAGUCCGUUAGGUUACAGACUAUCCUCCAGCAUCAUGCUGUGUUGGUAGGUCUGAGAGUCGAUUAGAUGUAUAAUGGGACCAAUGGUAUAACAUUCCAGUUUGAUCAAACACACUCAAGGUACUGAACUUAAAGUUAAGUCUGUCAGACUGUAUGAGAUGAAUGGUACUGUAUGCGAAAGGCUGAAUCCUAAUUUAAUCACAAAAUGAAUCAAAGAAAGGGUUUAGCAACUUUUAAUGAAGUGUUCUUUGUGGUAUUUUAAAUUACCAACCAAAAGCACAGUAUUUACAAAUGUAAAGUUUUGAUACACAUCUGCACAAUUUUCAAUCCUGAUGCACUGCUGUACAGUCAAACCUUUUCAUUCCUAAACUAUUUUGAGUACUAAAAAAGAUUGUUGCAACAAUGUAUUGUCAAUCGAACAAUGUAUGUAGGUAAUUAUUGUAAAAACACUAACAUGCAGGCUGUGGAUUUGUUAUGCACUACACAAUCACUCCACAAUUAAAGUAAAACAAAACUGACCAAGUAAUAAAUCACCUACAGCUAAGUA